AUGUCAAAUGAUGAAGUUAUCAAUGAAAAACAACUAAUGAAAAAAUCAAUUAUUCAUACCAAAUAUGAAAAUGAAUUAAAGCGAAUUGAAACAAAAAUGAAAAAAGCUGAAGAAAUUUAUAUGAAUACUAAACAAGAAUAUCGAAACAAAGCAAAAGAGAUUUUUUCUCAAUGUCAACAAAUUGAAAAACAACGUCUGGAACAAAUUCGAGAAAUUCUUCUUGUAUUUAUUCGCACGAUGCAUAUACGAAAUGAUGCUCCUGAAAUCGAAAAAAUUUAUGAUGAACUUAUCACCAAUAUCACUAUUCAACAAAAUCCAUUGGCAGAUUUGGUUUUUUGGGCACAUACCUAUGGUAUUGACGAUGAUGAAAAUAUUUUAGUUCCUUUGUCAAAUGUCGAGUUGCAAACAACGACCAACGAUGAACUUCGAAUUACAAUUGCACCAACAACGGUUGAAAGUACUGCUAUAGAUGGCAACGACGAAGAGCACAAAUCUAAAGAUAAACAACAAUAG